AUGUCUGAAAUCACUGAACUAGAUUCUAAAACCACUGCUCCAGUUACAGAGGAAGAAAAAAACAUUAUUAAAACUUUAGAAGAAGAUGAUGAAUUUGAAGAUUUUCCAGAAGAUGAUUCUAAAUGGUCAGGAGAAGGUAAUAAAUUAGAUGAAAAGACCUUAUGGGAAGAAGAUUGGGAUGAUGAUGAUACACAGGAUCAAUUCGCUGCUAAAUUAAAAGAAGAAUUACAAAAAACCGGAAAACCUGUUGCCAAAUAG